GAAUCCUUGUUGCUCUUUCAGGGAAUGGAUCAUUUUGCAGAAAUGGACCUGGGUUCCUGUGAGGCAGAGAGGCCUCCGUUGGACACCAGAGAGUGGCCACUGGGAGACAGAAUGAUGCUGGCAAAACCUCCUGAUCCGUCUUUUCAUGGGGGCAGAAGGGAAGCAGCGGCUGUUGAACCAGAUCAGGGCCCAGUGUGCUUUGAAGAUGUCGCUGUUCAUUUCACGGACGAGGAGUGGGCGUUGCUGGAUCCUGACCAGAGAGCUCUGCAUAAGGACGUCAUGGAGGAGAAUCGUGGGAUCGUGGCCUCUCUUGAUUGUGAUGAAUUGGAAAUCGAGAACAAGGGUGACCACAACAAAAUCCUCAGAGAGGUGAAGCCAGGUAAAAAUUUGGAGUGUGGGGAGAGCUGCAGUCAGAGCUUCCAUUACACUUUCCAACAAAGAAUUAUCGUUGAAAAGAAACCCUAUCAGUCCAUGGAAUGUGGAAAGGGCUUCAGCCACAGCCGCAAUCUCACUUUCCAUCAGAGAAUUCAUACAGGAGAGAAACCCUAUCAGUGUGUGGAAUGCGGAAAGAGCUUCAGUAAGAUCUCUUCUCUCACUUCCCAUCAAAGAAUUCAUACAAGAGAGAAACCCUAUCCGUGUGUGGAAUGUGGAAAGAGCUUCAGUAAAAGAACCAAUCUCACUAAGCAUCAGAGAAUUCAUACAGGGGAGAAACCCUAUCAGUGUUUGGAAUGUGGAAAGAGCUUCACUGAAAGCUACAAACUCACUUCCCAUCAGAGAAUUCAUACAGGAGAGAAACCCUAUCAGUGUGUGGCAUGUGGAAAGAGUUUCAGUACGAGCUCCAAUCUCACUUCCCAUCAGAGAAUUCAUACAGGAGAGAAACCCUAUCAGUGUGUGGAAUGUGGAAAGAGCUUCAGUAGGAGAACCGAUCUCAUUUCCCAUCAAAGAAUUCAUACAGGGCAAAUACUCUAUCAGUGUGCAGAAUGUGGAAAGAGCUUCAGUAAGAGCUCCAAUCUCACUUCCCAUCAAAAAAUUCAUACAGGGGAGAAACCCUAUCAGUGCAUGGAAUGUGCAAAAAGCUUCAGGAGGAGCUCCGAUCUCACUUCCCAUCAGAGAAUCCAUACAGGGGAGAAACCCUAUCAGUGCCUGGAAUGUGGAAAGAGCUUCAGUUGGAGCACCGAUCUCACAUCCCAUCAAAGAAUUCAUACAGGGGAGAAACCCUAUCAGUGCCUGGAAUGUGGAAUGAGCUUCAGGAAGAGCUCCAAUUUCACUUUCCAUCAAAGAAUUCAUAGGACGAAACCCUAUCAGUGUGUUGAAUGUGGAAAGAACCUCAGUACAAGCUCCUCUCUCAAUUCCCAUCAAAGAAUUCAUACAGGGGAGAAACCCUAUCAGUGUGCAGAAUGUGGAAAGAGCUUCAGUAAGAGCUCCAAUCUCACAUCCCAUCAAAGAAUUCAUACAGGGGAGAAACCCUAUCAGUGUGCAGAAUGUGGAAAGAGCUUCAGGAAGAGCUCCGAUCUCACUAGGCAUCAGAGAAUUCAUACAGUGGAGAAACCCUAUCAGUGCCUGGAAUGUGGAAAGAGCUUCAGUCAGAGCUCCCUUCUCACUUCCCAUCAAAGAAUUCAUUCAGAGGUCAGAAAAACUAUUAUACAGCUUUAGGAGUCUGUCAAAUAGGCACCUUUUUAACCAGGCCUUUGGCUGAUUGACAUCUAAUGCCUUUUAAAAAUUUGGUGGGGAGUGGGGUUACAGAUGUGUAUCUUGUGUUUUAAUGUUGUAACCGUCCUGAGACCUGUGGGUGUAGGGAAUAGGCGCCAACUCUUAAAGGCCCACAGGUCCCCCCCCCCGAAUAAAAUAUUUGAGGGGGGCACCCCCAAGUUGAUAGGCAUUGCCAUUGAAAUGGCAUGCAUGCAUGCACCACAUCAUGUUAUUUAUUAUGUGAGGAGAGGCUUACUAAACCCCUCCUAUAUUUUAUUCAAGUUGGCACCCCUGGUAUAGGGUGGUAUAGAUAUUAAUUAAAUGCAUAAAUAAAAUAAGAACAUCUUGGUCGCCUUCAUUUGCACAUGUUCCAGCUUGCCAAUAUCCUUCUUAUUAUCAUUUUUAAAAAUUAUGUGCCCAUCAUCUGAGGAUUUCACAGUGGUUCACAACAUAAACAUACAGGUUGAAAGCAUGGCUUUCUCAAAAACAAGGAAAGCCAGACAAAUCUCUUUCUUUUCUUUUUUUGGAUGGAGUUAGAAACUUUGUUAAUCAGGGGACUGCUGUUGGUAUUUUUGACUACGUGCCAUUUUGUGCAGCUUCACACAGAGUCAAUUAAGAGUUGGCCGAAGGCCAAGGAUGACUGAGUAGAGGGGAGUAAUUCUGCCUGGAGAUAUGAAACCUUGGAUACAGCUUUACCAUUGGAUGAGAACUCACACAGGCAUCAUGACUUAGGACCUUACUGACUGGAGUGUGUGUUGUUCUGAGAGAAGAGAGUCGUUUGGAGUUUGUUAAGAGAGAGCUAGUUAAGAUCUGUAUCUGUUCUUGUAUAUAGUAACUUGUAGAGUCUGCUGUAAAUAAUAAACACCUCUAAGUAACCA